AUGGCAACCCCCCGCGUCACCGCCUCCGCAAUCCUCAUCGGCCUCGCCGUCUCCAGCAUCAUGAACGGCGUCUCGCACACCGACAACCGCCCCUCCUCCACCUCCACCAACAAGCCACUAACAAAACCGUGGGAGCAGGGGAGCAAGAAGCCACUCAUAUCCAAAGCCCAGCAGACCCACAAGGCGCGGGCAGUGCCGUUCAAGAGCCAGCACAACGAGCCGUGGAAGGGCUCGAGUGGCUUUCCGGGGUCGCAGGCGCCGCUGAGGGGUGGUAGUGCGAGACGUUAG